AUGGAAGGAAGUAUCACUACAGUCAAUACGAAUAAUACAAACGGUGGCUUAAAUCAAACAGAGCUAAACACAAUGGAAAGGGAAAUAAACAAGUAUAGCGUCCCUCAAACAAAGGAAGAGUUGACCAGCAUUCUAACCCUGUAUUAUCGCUUGUUGGUUGAUACCAAAAAAUUGAAUGCAGAGGAAUCAGUGGUGAAAGGUGAAGCAGAAUCACGACCUAAUGAUCCCUAUGCUAAAGAAAAGCUUGAAAUUGAAUCAAUCUUGUCGAAAGUUGACAAGCAGCAAAGUAAAUUUGAAGCUGAAGAAUCAGAGUUUAUGAGUCAAUUGUUGAGUGUUGAUACUACCGGUCAAGGAGGUCUUGAUUUUGAAUUGUUUGGGAAACAAAUUGCAGGAUUCUCGUUAUUGUCCAAGGAUUAUGAUCUUCCGGAAAGCUUACAACGACAGUUUGCCAAGGAUACACCGCAAAUGGAGAACAAGUUUGUGGAUGACCUUGUUACCGAGCUUACUAAUAUAAAUGUGGAUUUUGAGACCAGAGCCAAAGAAAACGGAAUUGAGGCAAGCUCACCAUUGACGGCUCCGGUACCCAAAUACGCUCCAUUGGGUAAUCUUUACAUUGAAAAGAUUGUAGCCAAUAAGAUUGCACAGAGAUUGAGGGAGCUCGAGAAUUUGCCUGCUAAUAUCGGCACAUUUGGUGGUAAUGGACUCGACGAUAUCAAAAUCAAAGCUUUGAUUGAGCUAAAGGGACUUCGUGUAUUAAGCAAACAGAAACAGCUCAAGCACGCAAUAAUAUCUCAUGAGUCGCAACAGGUCAAGUACACUCACCCUCACCUCAAAAAUCUUCCUAUUUGUUUGCUGGAAAAAAGGUCUUUUAGUCUAAGGUCUAAAGUUGAGCAGCAAAAUCCUCAAUUGUUGGCAGUACAGUUAGAGCAGUUGAAAAAGGAAGAAGCUAGAGAAUUGAAACGUCAGUUGCACAUUGCCAAAGUUGACCAAAUACUUGAAAGUACUCUUGAAAGAAAUGAUAAAAAGACUGUUUUCAGUAAUUAUAGAAACUACCUUUUGGUGAAACAAUUGAACAAUUUCCAUCAAAUAACUGAAAAAGAGGAGAGCAAGAAACUUGAAAAGAAUGCUAAACAAAGAUUGCAAGCUUUGAAAGCCAAUGAUGAAGAAGCGUAUCUCAAACUAUUGGAUGAAACAAAGGACCAUAGAAUUACCCAUCUUUUGAAGCAAACCAAUCAGUUUUUGGACUCUUUGACCGAGCAAGUGAGGGCACAACAAGACGAGGCAAAUGGAAAUUUGGGUACACCAAGAAGUGCCAGUCCAGAAGUUAUGGGAACUACUCCUGCAAUCACAGAAGACGGUACCGGCGGAGUACUUGUUGACAGCAAGGAAGAAUUGCGUGAAAAGACUGAUUACUACGAAGUUGCUCAUAAAGUAAAGGAGAAAAUUGAAGAACAACCAACUAUCUUAGUUGGUGGUAAAUUAAAAGAGUAUCAAAUCAAAGGUUUGGAAUGGAUGGUUUCACUUUAUAAUAACCACCUUAAUGGUAUCUUGGCCGAUGAGAUGGGAUUGGGUAAAACAAUUCAAUCGAUAUCAUUGAUAACAUACCUUAUCGAAAAGAAGCACGAGUCCAAAUUUUUGGUUAUUGUUCCACUUUCAACUAUAACAAAUUGGACAUUGGAGUUUGAGAAAUGGGCUCCAUCUGUCAAGGUUAUAGUGUACAAGGGUUCACAACAGCAGAGAAGAUCAAUGCAAUCAGAUAUAAGGUAUGGUAAUUUCCAAGUGAUGCUCACCACUUAUGAGUACGUUAUUCGUGAACGUCCAUUGUUGGCCAAAUUUCACUACUCACAUAUGAUUAUUGAUGAAGGGCACAGAAUGAAGAAUGCAAACUCCAAGCUUUCGCAAACUUUGAGACAAUAUUACAAGACAAAAAAUAGGUUGAUUUUGACUGGUACUCCAUUGCAGAACAACUUGCCUGAAUUAUGGGCGUUGCUCAACUUUGUUUUGCCCAAGAUCUUUAAUUCGGUGAAGUCAUUUGACGAAUGGUUCAACACCCCUUUUGCCAAUACUGGAGCUCAGGAAAAGAUUGAGUUAACAGAAGAAGAAUCUUUAUUGGUUAUUCGAAGAUUGCAUAAAGUCUUGCGGCCAUUUCUUUUGAGAAGAUUGAAGAAAGAUGUCGAAAAGGAUUUGCCCGAUAAAGUUGAAAAAGUAUUGAAAUGCAAUUUGUCGGGAUUGCAAUAUGUGCUUUAUCAACAAAUGUUGAAACACAAUGCAUUAUUUGUCGGAGCCGAAGUGGGUGGUGCCAAGAGUGGAAUCAAAGGGUUGAACAACAAGAUUAUGCAAUUGAGAAAGAUUUGUAACCAUCCGUUUGUAUUUGAGGAAGUUGAAACAGUGUUGGAUUCACUGAAAUUGACAAACGACUUGAUUUGGCGAACAAGUGGUAAGUUUGAAUUGUUGGAUCGUAUCUUGCCCAAAUUCAAAAAGAGUGGCCAUCGUGUCUUGAUGUUUUUCCAAAUGACACAAAUUAUGGAUAUCAUGGAGGAUUUUCUUCGAUUUAGAGACUUGAAGUAUUUGAGAUUGGAUGGGUCCACAAAGGCUGAUGAACGUCAAGAUAUGUUGAAGGUUUUCAAUGCCCCUAACUCCGACUACUUUUGUUUUCUUUUGUCGACACGUGCAGGUGGUUUAGGUUUAAACUUGCAAACUGCAGAUACGGUGAUCAUUUUUGAUACCGAUUGGAAUCCUCAUCAAGAUUUACAAGCACAAGAUCGUGCUCAUAGAAUUGGUCAAAAGAAUGAAGUACGUAUUUUGCGAUUAAUCACCAAUGACUCGGUUGAAGAAGUAAUUUUGGAAAGAGCUCACCAAAAAUUGGAUAUUGAUGGGAAGGUUAUUCAAGCAGGUAAAUUCGACAACAAGUCAACUGCUGAAGAGCAAGAAGAGUUUUUAAAACGAUUGUUGGAGGCUGAUGCCACCGGGGGUGACAAUGACGAAAACGAUUCACUUGAUGAUGAAGAGUUGAAUGAAAUUUUGGCCAGGUCAGAUGAGGAAAAGACAUUAUUUGCCAACAUGGAUGAUGAGAGGAAACAAUAUGAUCCAUAUGGUGAGCACAGGUUGAUUGAAAAGGAUGAAUUGCCAAAGAUUUUCACCGAAGAUAUUUCUCAUCAUUUCGAAAAGAACGUACAAGAACUUAGUCGAAUGAGAGAAAAGAAGAAGGUGAUGUAUGACGAUGGAUUGAGUGAAGCUCAAUGGUUGAAGGCAAUGGAUGAUGACGAUGAUAGUGUUGAGGAUGCCAUCAAGCGUCGUAUGUCUCGUAUCAAUGCAAGAAAGAGAAAUAAAGCGAUAAGGGAAGGACUUUUGGUUGAAGAUAUAAACGAUGAUGAAGUUGGUGAAGAAGACGAUGAAGAAUUUGAAGCUGCUGCUCAACCAAGAAAGAGACAACGCCGUUCGAGAACUCCAAUAGCCAAUUCAGUCAAGAAAGAACAGGCAGAAAAUGAUGAAGAUGGUUCAGAUGCUGAAGAAGACCAAGACGUUGAGAUGAAUGACGUGGAAACUAAUGGAAAUGUGGUGUCUGAUGGAUUAGAAUCGCAAUGUCUUGCAGUGUUGGAUGAUAUUUUACAAUUGACUGAUGAAUCUGAUGGACACAAAAUCAGUGACAUUUUCUUAACAUUGCCCUCAAGAAAACAGUAUCCCGAUUACUACUCAAUCAUAAAAACGCCAAUCUCGAUCAAUCAAAUCAAAAAGAAGAUAAAGAAUGAGGAAUAUGCAUCCUUGGAUGAUUUUGCUGCUGAUUUAAAACAAAUGUGCUUGAAUGCAAAGACAUACAAUGAGGAAGAAUCUUUUGUAUACACUGAUGCCACGGUAAUCGAGAAUUUGAUUGCAUCAAGAUUCGGUUGA